AUGCAUGGGCUCACCAACGGUUUGGGCACCGGAAGUUCCCUUGCCGUAGCAUAUAAGCUGCUGACCUGGGCCGACCGCGCUGACUUGUCGGCCCUGGCCUCGUGGCGCCUGGACGGCGUCAGCUUUGUCUUAGGUCUCUGCUGCGGGAUCUUGAUCUACCUGCUCCUGGAGGCCUUGCAGGCCUCGCAGCUUGGGAAAAUCACUGUACAAACUGUGUUGAUGCGCAGAGACCACGCCUUGGAGGACGUCGUCAUAGAGCUCCAAGACGAGGUGGCCCAUCUGCGAGCGCAGAUCAAACAGCUUUGGAAAGUGGUGAAAGAUCUUCAAUCCUCUGUUCACGGAGGAGAAGAUCAAGUGAGUGAUUCGAGGUCUACCUCGCAGUCAGUGGAUAGGCUGGUUCAGAGACGCAGCUCGUCAGGGUAUUCAACCAGUGAAGAGCCGAGAUCACCUGAGCAGCGACCCUUUGUGCCCGGACCUGCAGUGUCUUCGGUGACGCCUUCGGUGGCUCCUACGCCUUCGACGGCAACUUUGUCCUGGCUUGAGAGGGAGGAGAUCUGCGAUCAGAUUGGCAGGUUUCUGGCCCGGAGUAUUAGUGGUGGACAUCGGGGGGCGAGCGGAAGAGACAAAAUCCCGCUUCCCUCUCGCAUCUGGGUAAUCGUGAGAGAUUACGCAGGGCAGAUCUACACUCCAGUGAAAGUGGUGCGAUCGUGGACGAGCUGCAAGUUGCUCUGCAAGCCGACGAACCACGAGUGUGGAGACAGUGUCUUCGUGGGGCUUCCCUCGGAGCGAGAAGCUAGGAGGGUAGUGCAGGCAGCACAGCUCACCUGGCCUUCACCUGCUUGGCCGUCGGACAGGCCACCCUACAUCGUUGAAGAGGGUGCGGUGAAUUCAGACUAUCCAGUGGGACUUUUUGUGGUGGACCUUGACACCAACGUCCCGACUUUGCAGUUAAUUCAGAUUGGUGAGUUCAGCGGCCAGUUGCUGGUGGCGAUUCCUUCCGCUGUUUGGCAUAGAACGGUGGCUCUACGCAUUUUCCCUUCGAGGAGCCUGCACAAGCCUACGCUUGUCGAGGUGGCGGCUGCUCUCCCUUCCAACCUUGCAGAGCAGUACAGAGAUAGUACCUUGAAGGUAUGGAUUGGUUUUCUCAAACCUGCUGCCAGGGAGCACAUCGAGGUACUGGAGGAGUUCGAUGUCGAGUACUCCUUCGACGACACAACGGGUUUCUUCUUGCUCCCCAUGGCGCAAGCACUGGUGGACGUUGCCAACGAGCACUUCGCCUUUUUCUCUGCCGAUGGAGGGACUACGGAGCCCAGCAUCACGGGAGACGAUGUCGAUGGUGUUCCCAUGGACGAAGCAGAUGUUGGUUCUCCAGCUCAUUCGCUGCAAAUGAUGGAUCAGAGGGUCUCGAGAGUGGAGGAGACGAUGGUCGAAGUCCUGAACGAGAUGAAGAAGUUGACCAAGGGCGCAGCGGCGAUGAAGCCGAAGCCAGUCCUCAAGGCUACAGCAAGACCAAAGGCAUCCAAGCCUUCUGCUUCUGGAGUGACGUUUGCAGAUGCGGCUGCUGCUUUCCCUAUGCUCGAUCCUGGAGUGGUGACGGCAGCUCUUCAGGCAGGAGUGUCCCAGGAAAACCUGGAGCAGAUGCAGGCUUUGAUAGGACAUGGGAAAAAGGUGACAAAGGUGAAGGACAUGAGUCCAAUGGUGCAGCCCGACCCGUUGUCAGAAGAGGAAGUCGGCGACCUCUACGAUCAGAACGUCGCCGACGAGUCUGGUUUGGAUUCCCAAGAUCCUGUUGCGGCCUCUCUUACAAAGUUGACGUCGCUGAUGCAGAUUCUCACGGACGACAAGGUGAAGAAAGCUUCGACUUCAAAGCUCGAGCUUGCCUUGGAAGGGGGACUUGCGAUCACAGCAGAACCUCCUCUACAAGGAACCGGGAAGAAAGCUGCAUCAGCCAGGAGGGCCCUACGUGCAGCCUACGAAAAUGCUCCAGAGGAGAUCUCGUCAAUGAUCGAGAAGCUGAUGUUGGAAGAUUUGCAUUCCGCUACGGUGGCCCCAGGGAUGCCAGUCCCGCAUCUUUGUGCCCGGGCUUGGGUCGAGUUCAGAUCAAAAAUCGGAGCCUACCGCUCUUCGGCAUAUGCUGCUUGGAGCACGGCUGGCAUUCUCGAUUCGCUGAUUCAGGGGAAUGUGAAGAAAGCUCGAGCCCGUGCUGCAGUGCUCCUAUUGAUGCUGGACCAGGCUUCGAUAGACAAGGGGAACUGGACUUUAGCAGCGGAGCUCGCCUUGGAACCUGCUCCACCUUUCUCGAACCUGGCAAUGCACCAGCCUCCUUCGGUGACAGACGGAGAGCCUCCAUACAGCAAGCUCUUGGACAGCAGGUGGCAAGAAGUCGCUUUGGCUCAUCUCAAAGAUACCGAGGAUUACCUCACCAAGCGGAAGAACCUGAACAAGCAGUAUGGCAGAACUGGGAAAGAAUCCACUGCAGACGAGUCAUACGACUCCAUCGUUAUGAUGCCCCGUUGCAGUUCAUGCACCCCGUCACCACCUAGUGUCGCGUUGCCCAUGCCGCUUCCCCCUUGCGGAGUGUCAAGUGCUGGGGGCCAUUUUGUUCCUGAUGCCAGCACGAAGUGGUUGGUAUCUCUACUGAUGGUGUUGUUCAGCUGGCUUUCGCCCGUCUGGGGCGUGCCUGCUUACCCCAGCUUGGGCACCCUGCCUUUAGCGAGACAAUGGCACGUGGCUAGGAUGCUUGAGCACUUGGUGGUUGAUGGUACAACUUUUCAAUUCGUCAAGGCUGCCGGGAUUGAGCUCUUCUCUUUCAACUUUGAGGGGUACGAAGCUUACCUUGUUGCUCUUUUCUUGGCAGUUGUGGCGGUGCACGUUUUUGUCUGCUCCCAUGCUGGUGGAUGUCUGCGUGAGGGAGAGAGGGGAAGCCAUGGCACGGCGACAAGCAGGUGCGCUGAGGGCAGCGUCAGGACGGUGUGGUUUGGCUGGCCCCCAGAAGUAGCUGCUCGUUGGCAGCGAAGUGGGAGACAAGUUAUGGCCAGUGCUGCAGCUUUGGCACAACCUUACGCCGAAGAGUAUAGGUUAUUGGUAGCCUAUGAUGCGGCAGAGCUUGUCAACGACUCCAAGAAGACCUUCGGUAGCUCGCUUUGCUCCGACCUUUGGUGUACUGACAUCGACAGCGACUCGGGAGUUUUUAGAGCUUUGCAGAUGAUGAAGUCGCCUGCGAUGAUGAUCACCUUUUGGGCAUGUUUCAUGGAGCUCAGUGAGGUUGGCCCGUUUAUGGACUCUGCAGGAACGGGGAAAUCAAUGUUGGGAGUGACAAGCAGAUACUAUGGCUGCAUGCGCUUACUUGCUGAGACCCCUUCCAUGAACUGCAGGCCGCUCAGGGUCAUCGGGAUGUCAGUUGUCUUGAAGCUAGCGCUGAUGGCCUUGGCAGCUAUGGCUUCUUUUGUAGUUGUGAACUUGUGGGCAAAGUUUGGAAGUUUUGUAGCCUCCAUUGACGCAAGUUUUACAGCUAUGGCGGGAGUCCGUGCCCAAACUGUCUCUGCUGAUGCUGCGGGAGUUGCAACGCGGAGCCUCUGGCGUGGCAACUCGACCAUGUUGCUGCGUUUUGGAAGAGCGCUACUACAUGCACGGUGCCUGAAGGACCCUGGAGAUGGAGUCCCCUAUCAGAAGUACUUUUGCAUUCCCUUCCGGGAAGUCAUGGCCAACGCUUUCACCUUCCGUGCGUGCUGGCAUGGGAUAAUUCGUAGUUUGCAGCAUUUUUGUGUCUGUGCGCUGCAGUUUCCGAUCGACGAAGGGAGAUCUGCCAACUCUUUGCACAGCGCUUCGAGCUUGGCUGCAGAGGACAGGGAUGUUGCCCUUGGUGUCCUUGCGGAAGGAAGUGCUUUUCCUGUGGAGCUGUAUGCAGUUGUGCUCCCAGCUCUGCCCUUUGCCCUUGGCGUUGGAGCUGUCUUUCUCUUGGAGCACUUCAGCCUUGCGCCCAACAGCUGUGACGCACCAACUCAGGAGUCCGAGCCCUUUUGGACUGUCAUGGGAAGACUUUGCCGAGCCUAUGUUCUUACCCAAGGUUACUUUUUGACUGUUGAUGUGUGGAUGCGUACUUUGGGAGCUUUUUGUGGCAAACUGCACCUCCCGUUCUUUGUUACAUGCUGGCCUUUUGACCUUUGCCCCGAAACUAUGGCCGCUCAGCAGAGCGAAGUCUGGAAAGCAAUGCAAGGUAGCAAGAAUGUUUUCUGCAACAGUUUUUACUUUGGUGCCUCGCUUUACUCUGGUGAUGGGAAACAGCAUGAAUCGAAGACUCCUCAAGCUUUGAGCCCAGCACACUGCAAGAGGAGUGCACGUGGGUCUCGCCUUGAGGUCUUUGGAGACAACUGUCACAGUGGUUUCGUUUGGGCAGCUGUUGAAGGAGCUGAGUCAGUUGGAGGUGCCUACUCCCUUGCGGACGCCGGCAGAAUUUGGUGUCUGAGCCAAAGGCGCUGGAAGUGCAGGCGGCUUUUGUGGCCUCAGCACGGGUCCAGGCACUCCUUCAGCUUUUUCGAUGCCCCAUGGUGGAAAAGCAUGCCGUUUACAGCCAAUAAGUGCAAGGCUGAGAAGCUGGACGUGGCAGGAUGCUCGAAAACAGGCUCGUUGCGAGCUGGAGAAGCUUCAUGCCCAGGACCACGAAGAAGAAAUGCUCCUGUGCGCCUGGGAGCCCUUUCAGAUGUGCAGCUUCUAACACCACAGACUUUAGCCCUGGAAGCGCGACAACUGGAAAGCUUCAGACGAUGGUGUGCAAGGUUUUUGCCUGGAGCUGAUGUUGAAGCCCUCUUUGCUACAGUACCGCAGUUCUUACCUUGGGCGCUCAAGUCAUAUGCCGAGUUCAUGUUCAGAAAUGGUGGUGCCUUGAGUAACUACAGGCAUUUGGUGUUGGCGGCACAACGCUGGAUUCCCAGCUCCAGGGUCUACAUGGUGCCUGCUUGGGAAAUGGUGGAGAGAUGGGAAGCUUUGAGUCCCGUAAACCAUCGGACGCCCAUACCAGAAACACUGGUGACAGCGAUGUGUGCUCUAGCUUGGCACUUGCAAUGGUACAGCUGGGUUGGUGCAACAGUCCUCGCUUUUUAUGGUGCUGGGCGUUUGGGCGAGAUUUUGAGAUGUUCCCGUGAGGACCUCGUGCUCCCAUGUGAUGUGCUGGAACCCACGGGCGCACCUGUUUUUCUGCGACUUCGCAGUUUCAAAUCUCAAACCCGCCAACCUGCCAAGGUGCAACACAUGAAGGUGGUUGACGCAACUGCCUCGCGAAUCCUCACAGUAAUUUUCAAGAAGUUACCACUGGAAGCACCUCUUUUUGGUGCUACGCCAUAUCAAUAUAGGAAGGGAUGGGAUCUCCUCCUUGAAAAAUUUGGCAUUCAGCGGGACUUCAAGCUUACCCCUGGAGGGUUACGUGGUGGAGCUGCAGUAUACCACUACAAGAAUGGCAAAGCCAUAGCUGACCUUUUGUGGCUGCUUCGUUUAAGGUCGCAGACAACUUUGGAAAGCUACUUGCAGGAAGUCGCUGCCCUCAACUUGCUGGCAAAGCUCCCUUCACAAAGCUGCAUUCAGACCUUUGCUGCUACGUUUGCAUUUUUGACCGCUGGUGAGGCAAAUUGUGCCCAUCCACCUGCUGCUCCUUUGGCCCUGUGCAGGCCCUUGGCCUACUACUUGGACCUGAUGCAGCGCUGUGGCACCUUCCUUUCAUGGGUGAUGGACAAAAGAAUGCGUGCCGCACCAGCUUCACUUCUUGCUUGGCACCGUAAGGGGAAAGUCAACAUGCUCUGGAUGUUUACGUGUCCUUGGUGCUUGAGACAUCUUGGCUCCCCUCUGCCACCCGCCCUCAGCAGAGCUGCCUUCUUUGCCUUGCAAGUGGAGGCAAAUUGUGCCCAUCCACCUGCUGCUCCUUUGGCCCUGUGCAGGCCCUUGGCCUACUACUUGGACCUGAUGCAGCGCUGUGGCACCUUCCUUUCAUGGGUGAUGGACAAAAGAAUGCGUGCCGCACCAGCUGCACUUCUUGCUUGGCACCGAGAUUUUGCGAGCGGAGUUGAGGCGAGUGAGCGACUAAUUGGUUCUCAUUUUUGCGGGUACCGCGGUGAGAGCCGAAGUCACCUCAAGGAACUUUCAAAAGCUCACAGAGGUGGGCUACUUGCUUUGGAGUCGGAGGUGGCAGGUCCAGUGAGUCAAGGGCAGUUCAAGAUGUUGAAGGAAGAUUCGCGCUUGAUGCGAGCCUCAUUCUGCAAGGGUGUGAUGUUCCGCCAUUCACCCUUCACAACGGCAUUUGACGCCGUGGGUGAGAAGACGGUGCAGUCAGUUGGUAGUGACGACAGCGGUUUGAAGCACCUGCCGAGUGCCUUCACAAAUGAAGGGCAAAGUGGUGGGACGCGGGCCUUUGAUCCCGUUGCUGUGACCGUGGCUCCGCCAAGUUUGAAGGAAAGCUUAGAUCUUCCAAUGCAAGCCCUUGUGAAAGCCACAACGUCUAGGGUGUUUGCCAAGGGCCCUCCUUUGCUUCCGCUCCGGUGCUUGGGCACCGCAACAGUGAAGCAGUCGAGAUCCAUCGAGAUCCACAGUGAUCCGGCGAUCCAUGGUGCGCCCGAGAGACAUGCAGCUUUAAGAUUGCAACGCUCAGGUGACACAAAGGACACAUCUGCGUGGUUGGCAGUUGGCGGGCUACUUGGAGCCACAGUGGCUUGCCAGCGCUCCCGGGGGUUGAAUGGCUCACGAGGAGCCAGUCUUCGCUUUGCGUUAGCUGCUCCAACAUCCACAAAACCAACUGAGGUGGUGGACGUCAAGGAUCAGAAUGCAGUUCCAGGGCCAGAGAAGUUUUGA